AUGAACAGCCCAAACCCAUCUCGACGCUACAAAACCCCCUCGGAGCUCGCCUCGUCACCUUCCCGCAUCGCGCGGAUAACCGCCACGACAACAACCACCACCCACCCGUCCGCGACCCCAUCUUCCCUUUCACCCUCAUCGACGCGCAACUCGCCUUACCUACCGACCCCGACCGAACAGGCCUUACUAGCAGCUUACCCCGCCGUGCUGAUCUUCGGCACAAUCUUCGCCUUACUCUCCCCCGAAACACGCGCGUCAUCCUUUUCCGCCGCACAGCGUGCGCAGGCACAGACAUGGCAGGCCCGGGAGAACGCGCCGCCGUCGUACUUUGCGCGGAAAGGUAACCUGUUCAACAUUCUUUUUGUCAAGCGCGGGUGGGCGUGGGUUACAGUGGCGUUUUUUGCUUUUCUGCUUACGCAUCCGGCGCUGGCAAACCAAACGCGAAGGGUGCGGGCAGCGAUCCGCUGGGGGAUGGUUACUGCUUGGUGGGUGUUUGUGACGCAGUGGUUCUUUGGGCCGCCGAUUAUUGACAGGGGGUUUCGGUUUACCGGCGGGAAAUGUGAGGUUGCUAUUGCCAAGGUGGAGGAGCAGGCGGGCAUAAACACAAACGGUGGAGCGGCUUGGGGUGGGAAUAAGAAGGAUGGGCAGGUUGGUGCUGGGGAGGUGCUGACCGCCGCGGCGUGCAGGGCGAGUGGUGGUGCGUGGAGCGGAGGGCAUGAUAUUAGCGGACAUGUGUUUCUGUUGGUGCUGGGGAGUUUCUUCCUUCUGCAGGAGGUGGGAUGGGUGGUGGCGCGCUGGGGGAGGUGUUGGGCGGAGGAGAGGUCGGUGGUGAUGCAUGACAGCGCGGUGAAAGGGGCCGGGGUGGAAGCGGAGGGUAGUGAUGGAAGGGAGGGGAAUGCGCCGGCGAACUCGGUUCUGGAGGCGCUGGGCUAUGGGGGGAGGCUGGCGGCUGCGGUGGUUGGGCUGUCCGGAUGGAUGUUGCUGAUGACGGCCAUCUACUUCCAUACGUGGUUUGAAAAGCUCACUGGGCUCCUUGUCGCUUUGACCGGACUGUACAUUACCUACAUUCUCCCCCGCUGGGUGCCCGCGCUGCGAGGCAUUAUCGGGCUGCCCGGGGUUUAA